AUGGUGGCUACUGAGGUAUUGAAACGUGCUCUUCCUUCGCUGACCCAGGGCACAACCGCUACCGCAGAUGGUAGCGGAGCAGCGUCUACAUCUUCUUUUCCAGUUCCAACUAUCACCCCACCUUCCAUGGCAGGCAAUCCGCAUAUUUUGGGAUCGUCAAGGCCCUCAGGAACCGUUUUCAUCGCCGUGGGAUCAAUCGUAGGAUUUUUUUUGGCAGCUAUUGUGACGAUGUAUGUGGUUUCUGCGUACAUUUCGCGGUCCAACGCUAAUAAACAGCGGUAUCUUGCCAUUGACAGCGAGUUCAAUGCCCAUGUCAAUGGUGGUGACAUGUACAAAACGGAAAAAAGCCGUUUUUCAGAAAAAUUCUCGCCCCAGAUGCGCUCCAGCCCCAACAUGGUCAGAUUACUCGACAGCCCUAAUAAUGGCAGUAAAGUGUCUCAGAGCUCCACCCCCCGGGACGAGAUGCACGAGUUUCCUCAGGAGCUAUAUUCUACGCUCCAGGGUUCGACAGCCGCACCAAACCGCAGAUCACUAUUCAUUUCGCCUACAGUGGAAGUGGUGAACCAGCAACGGAGAAAUAUGAUGAUCCCUAGCGUCAAUGCAUCAUCUUCGUCUUUGCUGUCCGAGUCAAGUCCUGAGCUGAAUCGCCCCGAGAGAGCGGCAUCUCCAGAGCGCAGAAAAGGACAGCAGACCAGACAAAAAUCCAAUUUGGGCACCAACGUCGCAUCGUCAUCGUCCAAAAAAGCUUCUCCACCUCCUGAAACUUGGCAAGCCCGAGAAACUCCUUUGCAGAGGUCGAAAGCGCCAUCCAUGUACCUGGAAAAGCUGCUCGACGACGACUGA